AUGACUGAGGAAAUGCCAUCGAAAAGUAAAAAUUUUAAAGAAAAUUAUGCAGAAGAACAUUAUUAUAACAACGAAAAAACAAAAUUUAAAAACUAUUAUAGGAGAGAGGAUUAUGAAGGGGACAGAAGAGAAAGAAAUGAGAGGAGUGAAAGAAAUGAAAGAGUAGAAAGAGUAGGAAGAGCAGAAGUAGUUGAAAGAGCCGAACGAGCAAAUAUAUCCGAAAACAUAGCAUAUUACGAUAAGAAUAAUAAAAACAUGCCAAGAGAUAAUUUUAGUAAGAACGAUUAUCAAAGGAGCAAAGAUAGGAGCUAUAGUAACAAGUAUGACAGAAAUAGAAGCCACGUCGACAAGUAUGAAAGACCAUAUCACAAGUGUAAUGAAGAAGAAUAUUAUGACAAUAAAAGAAGUAUAAGAAGAUAUGACGAAAGAACAAGCGUUCGCAUAAGGGCAGAGAAAACAUAUAAUAGUAAAAAUGAUACGGAUUAUUAUGAAAAACGUAACAGUAAUAAAAGUCCAGAUUUUGAGGGGGAUAGCCAUAAAAAGGCUAGAUACAAUUAUAGUAACAACAUGAAUAAUAGCAUUAACAGUAACAGUAACAACAACAAUAACAAUAACAGUAACAACAACAAUAACAAUAACAAUAACAGUAACAACAACAAUAACAAUAACAGGAACAACAACAAUAACAGUAACAACAACAAUAACAGUAACAACAACAAUAACAGUAACAGUACUGUGAGCAAAAGUUUGAGUAAGAAAUAUGAAAAUAAAAUAUAUUCGAAAUAUAGACAAGAUGAGGGACGAAGAGGCUCACGCAAUGGUGCAAAAAAUAGUGACAGUGAACAUUCGACUCGAUCAAAUGAUGAAAAAUAUAUUACGCACAGACGAAAGAAAUAUAGAUUAAAUGAUUAUAAUAAUAUUAAUUAUAAUAGAAGUAAUUAUAAUAGUAGUAAAUGUAAUAUUGGUAAUUAUAAUUAUAACCACCAUUAUAGUAAUAACAAUUAUUAUUAUGAUGAGGAAGACGAGAAUAAGGAGACUGGUACAUAUGAGCAUACCAGUAUGAUGAAUGCUAAAAAAAUAUUAAACAUAAAUGAUAUUUUAGAAAAGAAAAUAAAUAUUGAAUUAUCGAGAUUUGUAUUUAUGUACAAAAUAGUAGAAGAUAUAACUGAAGAUGAGAUUGAUGAAAUAAUUCGAAAUAUAGCAAUUAAUAAUGCUUUUUCCUUGCCUGUUAAUAUUUUUAUAAAUAAAUUAUCAUAUUUUUCUAUAAAAGAUGAUUUAUUUGUAAGGGAAAAUUUGGAAUUUUUAAAAAACAAUUCCUAUUUUAAUAAUAUACAAUAUAAUAUAUUAAGUACUCAAAUUGAAAACAAAAUUAAUGAUGAUCAGUGCUGUAUAAUUGAAUUUCCAUCCAAUGAAGCAUCUGGAAAACUUUUUUCUCUUUUUGAAAAAAAUGAUUGCUUAAUUGAAAUAAGAAAUAACAAUUCAUAUAUAUUCCCAUUAUUUAAAUUAAAAAAAAAAGGUAAAAAUAUAGAGGAAAAACAGCAGGCAUUAAAAAAAUUUUAUGACUGGUAUUGUUCUUCAUGUAAUUUUUUAAAUUUUUCUCGACGCCCAACUUGCUUUUUUUGUAAAGCUGCUAAAACAAGUGAUGCACAAAUUGUAGAGAAUGAAGCAAAGGGAAUAAAUCCUUUUUUAAAAAAUAAUUUUAGUUGUCAAGAUAGUAGUGGCUACAUGAAUGAUAUGUUCAAUUUAAAUCUGGACUCAAAAAAUUUUGAUAAUUUUGCAGUAGACACCCAUACAGGAGGGGAGGGGGUUUAUGCGAAUGAUAACAUGAACAGCUUAAAAAAUUUGAGUGGCAACUAUGAGGAUAUAACUGCGGGGGACAGUAAUAAGAGGAGUCAUAUUGGUAGUAGCGUAGCAGGUAAUAUCGGCAGCAGCGUAGCAGGUAAUAUCGGCAGUAGAGUAACAGGUAAUAUCGGCAGUAGAGUAACAGGUAACAUGGGCAGUAACAUCAAUAGUAACAACAGUAGUGAUUCACGUUUUAGCAAGCAGAAAGGCUUGCACAACACGAAAAGCGACAUGUGUUUAAGUGAUAAUUACAGCAAUAGUUAUAACAACAAUAUUUACUCGUAUAAUCCUAUAUUUCAUAACAUUGAAAAUAAUAUAGAAAACUACGAAACAACGAUAAAGGCAAUUUUACAGGAUGAGGAUAAAACGAACAUGUUAAUUUUAAAAGACAUUGAUGGAAAUAUAUCACAUAAAGAUAUUAUAAAAUUUUUGAAUGAAAUAUUUGAAAAACGUAAUGUUGAUUAUAUAUAUUUAUUUAACGAUAUAAAAGGAUCAAAUAAACGCAAAGGAUUUUGCUUUAUUGAAUUUAAUAAUUUAAAAGCUAUCGAAAAAAUGAUGAAAGAAUUAGAAGGAAAUUAUUAUAUUAGUUUUCAAAAUAAUUAUUUAAAAAUUGAUUAUAUAAAAGAAAAAGAAAAAGAAUGUUUUUUUCAAUGUAUAAAUUUAGCUAAAUUAAAUAUAAAUAAAUCAUCAGCUAUUACUGGUAAAAAUGUUAUACCUUAUUUUAAUUUUUUUGUUAAUUAUAUUGAUGCAAUAGCAAAUAUUAAUCUUAUGAAUUAUACAUAUUUCCUUACAUGGUCAUCUCAAAUUAUUAUUUUUAAAAAUGAAAGACCUGCUCUAACCGAAUUUUUUUUUGAUUAUAAUAGCCAAUAUUAUUACCAUCCUGUAUAUCAAAUUUAUUUUGAUAAUAAUACAAACUUUUACAUGUCUCUUUCAAAAGGAUAUUACAUGUGGAAUGAAAAAGCCAAAUGCUUAACGAGGUUUUACUUGGAAAAUGAACAAGCAGCAUAUGACAAAAAUAACAAUAACGAAUCUACAACAGUGCAAAAUAAUUUACAAACGCAUGAUGAACAGCUGGGGAAACCUGAUCAGGCGAAGGGAAAGGAGCAGGAGGAGGAUAAUCUUAUAAUUUCAAACAGUAUUGUGAGUGGUCAGGUGUUAAGCGGCAAAAAUGUGGACAAUCAUAAUUUAUGCGGUAAAAGUAUGAACGGUCAGAAUUUUAGCGGUGAAAAUAUGAACGAUCAGAAUUUUUGCGAUAAAAAUAUGAACGGCCAGAAUUUUUGCGAUAAAAAUAUGAACAGUCAAAGUGAAAAUACAAUUCUUACGAAAGUAUCAAACCUCGUAGAAAAAGCGAAAAUUAUUGCCUUGGCAUCCAAAAAAAAUAUGGAACAAAUGAAUAUGAAUGAAACUAGUGGUUCCAAUUUAGAAAAAAAAAGCAAAGAGAUAAUUAAAAAACACUUUUCUACCGAUUCAGCAGAUGAGGAAAAUGAUUUUUCGGACAAGGAAGAAUUACAAAAAAAAGGACUUCACGGAAAUUUGUAUAAUAUAAAUAGACAGUUAUAUAAGGAACAAAAAAGUAAUAAUAAUAGUAAAUGCAAUAGUAAUGACCAUAGCAAUAGUAACAGCAAUAGCAAUAGCAACAGCAAUAGCAACAGCAAUAGCAACAGUAAUAAUAAUAAUAAUGAUAAUAAUGAUAAUUCGAAAUAUGUUAGCAAAUCAAACAGUUGUAACGAAAAUUCUUUUAAAACUGAUACGACUAGAGGGGAUGGAAAAUUGUACAAUCAUACGAUGCUCGCAAGGAACUUGAAUAAAAGUAGUACCAAUAACAAUAACAUUGACAUUAAUGAAAUUAAUAAUGCUAACGACAAAGUAGGAAAAAGCGACAGUUUUAAUCAACUCUCUAAUAAUGACUGUAAUUUAAAUAUUUGUUUUGUAUGCUUACGAAAAUUUGUAAAUGCAGACCUUCUGCAAAGGCAUGUAGAUACCUCUGCAUUACAUAAAAAAAAUUUGGAAGCUGUAAUGAAUAUUGUUACUGUCACAUGA